UUCAAAAGUUAUUCAUAAAUGUAUUCAAUAUGCUUUGUUAAUUUAAAUGGUUGCAAAAUUCACCUCUGACCAUAUUUGUCAUGACAACAGGAAGCUCAAUGGCUGCCAAAUAAGACAGUUUUUCAUGUAGUUUAAAAAACGAUAACAAAGCAGAGGCCAAGAUGGCGGCUGCACAUACUUUACCCCCAAUUCACGGAGCCAAGAGUGGGGGUAAUACAGGAAUGAUUGGCUCCAUGAAACAUAGUCAACCAGUACACUUUGCACCAGCACCACCAAAGGGACCUCCAAGUGGAAGGUUAAAGCCUAUACAGAAAAAGAAAAAACUACUGGAAACAGAUCAAGCAUUUUCUCAGCCUAUGCUAACAAAAAGGCAGACGACAGCAUAUCGGAAUACAUAUAAACAUAAUUUGUGUGUGGACAUGUUACAAAAUGGUUUUCAUUUAUCAUUCUGUGAACUUUUUGCACUAAUUAAAAGACAAGAAGAUACAAGAGUGCAAGCAGGACCAGAAUCACUUCUGUGGAAUAUGAUAUUACUUGAGGAUCAACAUGAUAAAUUGGAUAUGCUAAAACUUCAUUUAACUAGAGCAGAAACAGCUCAAAGAAAAGGUGACUAUCAAGAAGUGUACAGAGCAAGAUAUGAACUUGCACGUUAUUUCCAGUCUUGCAAUGAUAAAUGGUUGUCAGAUCAUUUCUUUGAGACAUGUCUUGAUACGAGUAACAUGGUCGACAAUGACGGUGGAAAAAUGCAAGCCGAGGGCUAUUGUAAUGUGGCACUGGCACAGGAAGAAAAUGCUCACAAGGCAGAAGUUGAAUCAAAGAGAACUUACCAAAUUACCGGCUUUUAUAUUCAAGCUGAUUAUUACAAUGCAGCAGAAAAUUUUGAGGCAUACUAUGGUCUUGCUUCUCAAAAUAAGGACUGGACAACAGCCGAUGGUAUAACAUUCCACACAGAUGCAUGUAUACACCUGGCUCGCAUAUAUACUACUAUAGGAGAACGUGUAGAGCAAGAGGAUGUAGAAUUAAUGCUAGAAUACCUCACAAAGGCUUACAACUCCACAAAAGAAAGUCAGCAGCAGAAGCUGGAAGGGGAGGCAGCAUACAGACUGGGUCUAGCAGCAGACACAGCUGCUGACAGUGAUACAGCACUUGUUCAUUUGAACACAUACUUGGAUAUUUGCCGAUCCACUGAUGAUAAGGAAGGCAUCGGAAAAGCUUGUGAUGCAAUAGCGAAAACAUUUGCCAGACAAGGGAGAGUUGAGGAGAGCAUAGAGUAUUUGAAGCAGUUUGUAACUGUAGCAGAGAAGAGCGGUCAGGAACAUGCUUACAGCAAGGCUUGUCAUAACCUGGGAAAUAUCUAUAAUACUCUGGGAAAAUAUGAUGAAGCAACAAAAUAUUUUGACAAGGCAUAUAACUUGUCACGUUCAAUGGGAGAAGUAGCAUCAAUCAAUGUUAAUCGUGUACAGUUUGGUGUAGCCAUGGCACACAAAAUGUUACAAGGGAUCGGAGGUCACAUUGUAGCCAACCAUCUUCCAGCACUUGAAAGACUUAUUGAAUGGAAAAGUUCUAGAGUAGAUGAUUUUGACAAACCAUUCCCAGAACCAAAGGCAGAAAGCCCUAAACCUGCUACCCCACCCGCUCCUGUACGGGAAGAGAAAACUGAUGUUAGCGCCACCUCUGAACAGCAGGAGGAAGCAGCACCAAGGGAGCAAACUGAGACUUCUAUGGCUGACACAGAAACUGAUACCACUGCACAAGAUUGAUUUUAUUAGAAAGACACUUUGAUACUGACAGCAUUUCAUAUACCAGUGAUUUUGUUCAUUAUUGGAUGCUUAAAAAAUAGAGUCUAAACUGCUUCUUUAACUGUUUGUCAUAACAAGCACAUACAGAGAAAAUAAGUGACAUUGACCCAAGAAAGAAAUAUGAGGCAGUUUAUAGAUUUGCAGAAUUUGUAUUAUUUUUAUUGUUUAUAAAUACUCUAAUGCACAGUUGCAAACAUUUAUCAAAUAUUUUGACAGUCCCAUAGGUGUCUUACAUCUUCACUUGCAGAUUUUUUGUUCUUAUAAAUCUUUAAUAUUCAGCUCAUAGCCAUGCACUGUUCUACUUGAAGUUACUGCCACAGCUGUGCCUUACAGAGAAAAUUAAGGAGGACAGAAUAUUAUGUACAUUUAUUUGUUGAAAACAGUUACAAUUGAUACUUAUUGUAAUCAUAAGGAUCUGAUUUAAACUUGCUUAAUAUGGAAUUAUUUGAAAAAUUUAUACACAUAUUAUAUAUAUAUAUAUAUAUAUAUAUCCACCAUUCUGAUACAAGUAAUAUGAUAAUAUCAGUAUCAUUUGAAGUAUUCUAUUUAUACACUUUUUUUUGUUAAAAUACUGGCAUCCUUAUUUUAUAAUGCCUGAAAUGUUGAGAAAAAUAGCACAAGAGUAAAUCGUUAUGUUUUAUAUUACAUUAUACUGCUGAAACUGUUGCUACUGCUGAAAAUAGGAAAAACAUCAAGGGAGAUAAUCCCUGUACAUUUGUACAACUUGCUGGUCGUGCCACUGCUGUUAUUUAAACUUUUAAAUUUGCUGAAUAUUUCCUAUUGAAAUUUAUAAUGUACUUUGCUUUAUUCAAUACUUAUUCUUCCUUUAUUCCAUACAUAUUCAUAUUUCAUCGGUUAUAUACAUGGUCACAACAUUCAGUGAUAUUCAUUCAUAUAUCCAAGCAUCACAACCACAACACACACAGCAUUUAUUCCUUCAUCUACCCUAUGUCAUAUUCAUGCAUGUGUGAAUUACAUGCACAGUAUUUCUGCAAGUCAGUUUAUUCUUUCAAUCUAUACUGAAUUUGGUCACUCGUACAGGAAGAUGGGGUUUUUUCCCCAUUGUUUUAGAGCUUUUUCUUCAGUAGAUUCCAAAAAUCGAGACUAAAAUAAUUUAACAUGAAUAUAUAUAUAAUAAUUUUAAUCUGACAGAAAGUUCCUGAAUUUAGCGUAAUAUAGGACAACUACUUCUUACUGUGUUUCAGUCUAGAUUUGUAUUGAAUUUCUACUUCUUUGAAAAUACAUGCCAAAUUUAAAAUAAGGACAACAGUAUUUUAUGAAUACAUUUAUAAAGCAAUAGUUCAGAUACAAUGUUUGAAUGAGUGGGUGGGUUAUAUCUGUAUAGUGUAGUUGUAAGAAUGUAGCCAUUUUAUUUAUAAUUCCUGUUUUAUUGUGUAAUGUUACAACACCAAUCACAGUGCUGUAGGACAUAUAUUAUGGAAUAAAUCCUGUGAUAUAUACUUUCAUCCUAACAAUUAAAGUUGUUGUUAUUCUCUGAACUUCGUUGUUUAUGUUGUUUAUAUCUGUACAGAAAAAUUUGCUACCUUUUCAAAACUUUUUCCCAGUAUUCCUUAAAAAUAUGAUGGCAGUCUCAUGCUUUAACUAGGUUUUAAAUAUGAAACCAAUAUGGAAACCUUAUCAUUGAAUUGUCAACCAUACUUUACUUUCAAAUUUUACUUCUAACAAAUUGAGAAAGGAUAUGAUGUGUCACAUAUUGUUGAAAUAAAUUUCUAAAAACGUUUUCUUCUAAUUAUUUGAAUAAGAAUUGCAUUUUUUGUGCUUUUUUGUUUUCCUAUACGAUGUUUGUGAGUAUCAUAAGAUAUUUUGCAGCUACACUUGAUCAUAUUUUACAAUAUACUGCUGAAGUACGCGUUUGCAGUAAUCAACACACAUAUAUGUAUACCAGGGAUACCAGGGAUGGUAUACAUUGUGUGUUGUCUAGCAUAUGUGUAAAAGAAGUUGUGAUAUUUGUGUUUGUUUUUGUCAUGUUGAUUAUACAAUAUUUAGAUUAUCAAAAGAAAAUUUCCAAUAAAUUUAAUUUAUAUAAUGAA